GAACCCCUUCUAAUUAAUUUUCUCUCCCCUGUUCCUCUGAGCAACGCAUCAUAAAUAACCACAUAUAUCCUACUACCCUGUAGAAAACUCAAAUUAAUGUCUGGGGUAUGGAUAUUCAAGGAUCGUGGGUUUCGUUUGGUGGAAAACCCUCAAGCGGCGGAGGGGAAGACAGGUAGUUCAAAGAAAAAGGUUUUGGUUCAUUUACAAACUGGGGAAGUGGUAUCUUCCUAUAGUUCGCUUGAGCAAAUCUUGAUUGGUUUAGGAUGGGAAAGGUACUAUGGUGGAGACGCUGAACUGUACCAAUUCCACAAGCAUUGUUCCAGUGACCUCAUUUCUCUUCCAUGGGAUUUCACCAAAUUCACCUCUGUCUAUAUGUACGAUGUAGUCAUCAAGAACCGCAAUGUCUUCCACGUGCGCGACAUUUGAGUUUUUAUUUUUUUUUGCUCUAUAUAUAUAUAUAUAGAGUGUGAAAAAUCUUGCAAGACUUUAAGGUUGAUUCAUUUUGCUUUCUGUUUUAAGCAAUAAGCUAUUAUGGCAUGGGUGAAUAACAAGUACUCAUGCCAUUCAUGAAUUUCCCGUUUGUUAAUUUCCACUCUAUACAUACGUUCUUGGGUUGGGCGUUUGAGUAGGUUUUUUUUUUUUUUUUUUUUUUUGGGCAUUUGUUUUUUACUUUUUGUCGUGUAAGCGUACUAGGAUUAGUUUCCAUGAUUAAGGAAAGGUCAA